AUGUCCAGAAAACUAGAUAUUUCUAUUCCCGUUCCUCGCAGCUCCCAUUCAAACAAGAGGCUUUGUCGGGAUGAUGGAUUUGUUGUUAGCUCUGCUCCUACUAUCCAUCUUCCAAGCGGAAGAUCAAAUCAAAAUCCCUUCAAGUUUCCUCCUUCUCCUGAACGUCCGGUCGCACGAGAGACAAGUGGAAAGGGUCGUGGACGUAAGACUUGCGGUUCAACCAAUAGCAGUUUCAUGGACGAACUGAGAUGGGAUAUUGAAAAGAGAACUUCAAAGGAGAUGAUUUCAGUAGCAGCGAAUGUGAUUUCAGUAGCAGCGACUUUCAGUAGCAGCGACAGUGAUUUCAAUAUAAGCGACGAAGAAGACACAAUGAAGACUAAUGAAAAUAAUAUUGCUCCUCAUUUCAAAGAUAUGGCUCUAACAAUUAAGAAACGAGAUGUUAAUGGACUUCAAAUUGCCUUAGAUAAUUUUACUGGAGAUAUAGAUGAAUAUUCAAUAGAUGGAGAAACUGCUCUUCACUAUGCAUGUAAAUGUUAUAGUCGAAAAUCUUUUGAGUUACUAGUUGGAAGGGUUGCUAAUUUGGAGGCUAAAAAUAAAGUUGGAGACAUUACUCUCCAUACUGCUUGUGAUAUUGGUUUGUUUAAUAUUGUUAAAUUUAUAUUCAAUAAUAUUAGUGAUGGAGAUAUUAGAAAGAGAAUGUUAAACUCAAUUGAUAGCGAUGGUUCGACGCCUAUGCAUAAAGAAGCUAGUGAAAAUAUCAAAAUUGUUGAACUAUUGUUAGAUAUUAUUAUUGAGACCGAUAAUUCAACUGGUAUAAGUAAAAUGAUACAAGCAGUUAAUACAUACGGUGAUACGCCUUUACAUGAAGCAGCAUUAUAUGGAAAAGUUAAAAUUGUAAAAUUAUUACUAGAAUUGGGUGCUUCUACUCAAACACGUAAUAAUGAUGGAAUGGUUCCGUAUCAAUUUGCUAAACGUAACUCAGAAGUUUGGAGAAUACUUAAGGGAAUUCAUUGA